CCUGACCAUGCUGUCGCUGUCACUGAAGGAGGCACUGAGUCGCCUGAAGGAUGGAAGUUUAUCAGCAAAAGAACUUUGUGAGAAAUGUAUUGACAGAGCUAUCAAAACAAGGGAGCUUAAUGCCAUUAUCACACCAACAUACAGCCAGGCUAGGAAACAGGCUGAGGUGGCAGCCCAAACAUGGUCAAGGACAGGCAAAUCUACCUCAUCAACCAGGAAGCUUGAGGGACUUCCCAUCGUAGUGAAAGACAAUUUCUGUACAAAUGGUAUACGUACCACCUGCGCUUCACACAUGUUAGAGAACUAUGUACCUCCCUACAAUGCGACAGUGGUUCAACGACUCCUUGACCAAGGGGCAGUACUCAUGGGCAAGAGCAAUAUGGAUGAAUAUGGAAUGGGGUCUGGUAGUCUAGACAGCAUAUUUGGCCCAGUGAGAAAUCCCUGGAAAUAUAACUUUACAAAUACACAGGCAUCUGAAGGGAUCUCUGGUCCAGCUGCACGGCAACAGUCUUGUGGAAAGACCGUAAGUACAAGAGAAUUCCAUAGGUCUGUACAUCCAGGGACAGAGGAUGGCAACCCUGGGAUCCAGGAAGAGGGAGAGUGGCAUGUCGCUGGAGGUAGCUCAGGGGGUAGUGCAGUUGCUGUAGCAUCUGGAAUGUGUUUUGGAGCUCUAGGGUCUGACACAGGUGGGUCUACACGUAACCCGUCAUCCUACUGUGGAAUAGUGGGGCUGAAGUCUUCCUAUGGCCUGCUAUCUAGACAUGGAUUGAUCCCACUUGUCAAUUCACUAGAAGUCCCAGGUAUCAUGGCCAGGUCGGUGGAUGACGUCAAUACACUACAGAAUAUCAUGGCUGGUGUAGAUGAAUAUGAUUCAACCACACUGACAGAUGAACGCUUCAAAACUUCUGACCUUCCAGAAGAUAUAGAUGUUAAACAUUUACACAUAGGCAUCCCAAAGGAAUACCACGCCCCUGGUCUCUCUCCUGAAGUGUUAGAUGCAUGGAGGCAUGCAGCAGACAUGUUUGAGCGUGCAGGAGCAAAGGUGACAGAAGUUUCACUGCCCCACACCCAGUACUCAAUACUGUGCUACAUUGUACUCUGUUGCUGUGAAGUUGCCUCUAACAUGGCCAGAUUUGAUGGAAUUGAAUAUGGUCACCGGGGACAACAUGAACUCUCAACAGAACAAUUGUAUGCCACAUCUCGACAUGAGGGGUUCAAUGAAGUUGUUCGAGGCAGAAUAUUUGCUGGAAAUUAUUUCCUCUUAAGAAGAAACUAUGAACAAUACUUUCUGAAAGCUCAGCGUGUUCGUCGUCUGAUCAAUGAUGACUUCAGGCGUGUGUUUGGUGAUGGAGUUGAUCUCCUCCUCACCCCUACAACACUGACAGAUGCACCAAGUUAUAACUGGUUUUCUGCGGCGGAUAAUAGGACCCGCAACGAGGAGCAGGAUAUCUUCACACAGCCCAUCAAUAUGGCUGGAAUACCAGCUGUGACUGUACCUGCUGGCUUGACCACACAGGGACUGCCCAUUGGUCUUCAGUUCAUAGGUCAAAUGUUCAAGGACAAGGAAAUGCUGACUGUUGCUAAGUGGUUUGAACAGCAGGUUCAAUUUCAAUAUCUAAAUCUGGAUGAUUUAGAUGUUUGAAAUGACAAAAAUGUGACAAAGGAGAAAUGCAGAUGUGUUCAGAUUUCAAGAGGACCUGGAUAUGGUUGUUUUCAUUUGUUUGAGUAUUAAAUAUUGAACAGAAAUUUCAUAUCUUUCUCAUUUAUUCUUCAGUAGGUCAGAGAAAAUUUAUG